GGUAAACUCAGGGGCUUUUUUGCUGUGUUGUCAAACCAUCCUCUCAGCUCUUAUCAAUGUGCACGGCGUUCAACAGAACCGUCGACUCUGUCAUGAGGUGCUAGCCCUACUGCCAUCUUAACAAUGGAUCCUCCCACCGAGUCCGUUCCCACACAACAAAUGGAAUACACAGUCGAAGAUGUUGCAGCUCAUAACUCUUCGUCAAACAACUGGAUGAUCAUCCAUGGAGAAGUGUUCGAUGUCUCGCAUUACCUGGAAGACCAUCCAGGGGGCGCCGAACUGCUCAUAGAAGCGGCAGGCACAGAUGCCACCGAAGCCUUCGACAACGCAGGCCACUCUGAGGACGCUUUCGAGAUCAUGGCGACGCUCCGCGUUGGCGCGCUGAAAGGGUACAAAAAGCCUGCGCCUAAGCGUUCCGUCCCUGUUCCGCGUGUCGUCGAGCCAGUCCAGAAACCUCAACCCUCUUCAAACUCCUCUCGAUCAACAGCGGCAGCCGUAGCAAUAACCGCUGGCAUCGCAGUCGCCUUGUCCUCAGCAGCCUACUACUCCCCCACCACACUCAAACUCCCCAAGGCGCUCCUUAACGCACACAGCUUGAACCUGAACCUUCCCCGUCUGGGCAUAUCCGGGGGAUUCCCCGCCGGCUUCCUCGCGGCAUCAGCCCUAACCUCCCUCCUCGCCGCCGCUGCAGCCCGUCAGCUCGCCAAGAUCACCCAGAUAAACUCCGGCUUCGCCCGCUUCCCGCCGCACAAACCGUCUUCCAAACCCCGGCGCACCCGCCCUCCACCUCCACCCACCUUCCUCAACCCGCAAACCUACCAAUCCCUCCCGCUAACCCGCAAAGACACCCUCGCGCCAGGCGUCUUCCGACUAGUCUUCUCCCUCCCCACCCCAGACACCAUCCUCGGCCUGCCGACGGGGCAACACGUCUCCAUCCGCGCCACGGUCAACAACAAGACCAUCAGCCGGUCCUACACGCCCGUGUCAAACGACUCCGACUGCGGCGUGCUGGAACUCAUAGUCCGCUGCUACCCGCAGGGGUUGCUCACGGGUGGCUACCUCGCCCACCUGCGUCCGGGAAUCGACAGUGUUGAGUUCCGGGGUCCCAAGGGCGCUAUGCGCUACCAUCGUGGGUGGGCACGCCGGAUCGGCAUGGUUGCCGGCGGCACGGGGAUUACGCCCAUGUACCAGAUUAUUCGGGCUGUGUGUGAGGAUGAGGAGGACCUGACUGAGAUGAGUUUGGUGUAUGCCAACCGUAGUGAGGGGGAUAUUUUGCUCCGGAAGGAGUUGGAGGAGCUGGCUGAAAGGUUUCCGAGAAAGUUAAGGUUGUGGUAUCUACUGGAUGUGGCCACGGAGGAUUGGGGGUAUGGCGUUGGGUAUGUGACUAAGGAGGUGUUGACGGAGAGGAUGCCGACGCCUGGAGAAGGGAGUAAAACCAUGCUGUGUGGCCCGCCAGGAAUGGUCAAUGCUGCGAAAUCGAUGCUGGUGGAGAUGGGGUUCAAGGCGCCAGGGGUGGCCGCGAAGAUGGACGAUGAUAUCUUUGUCUUCUAA